GAGUGUGAAAUUAUCUCAUUUGCUGUUUGCAGUUACUGGCACUUUGGCAUACAUACAGAGAGGACGAUGUCCAACAUGCAGGUGGCUGUGGUGACCGGGUCCAACAAAGGGAUUGGUUUUGCAAUUGUGCGGGCUCUGUGCAAGCAGUUCCCAGGGGACGUGUACCUGACAGCCCGAGACCCCAGCCGUGGCCAGGAAGCAGUGGCAAAGCUCCAGGAGGAAGGACUGCAUGCACUCUUCCAUCAAUUGGAUAUUGAUGAUCUGCAGAGCAUCAGAGCUCUACGUGACUUCCUAAAGGAGAAAUAUGGGGGGCUGAACGUGCUGGUUAACAACGCAGGGAUUGCUUUCAAAGUUCAUGACACAACUCCAUUUGCAGUCCAAGCAGAGGUUACACUGAAGACAAACUUUUUUGGAACAAGGAAUGUUUGCACAGAAUUGUUGCCUCUUGUGAAGCCUUACGGUAGAGUGGUGAAUGUCUCUAGUAUGGUAAGUAGCUCAGCACUGGGAGGCUGCAGCCGAGAACUACAGGAAAAGUUUCGCAGCAACACGAUCACUGAGGAUGAGUUAGUGGAACUCAUGACCAAAUUUGUGGAAGAUACCAAGAAAAGUGUGCAUGAGAAAGAAGGCUGGCCAAAUACUGCCUAUGGGGUAUCCAAAAUUGGUGUUACAGUCUUGUCUAGGAUUCAAGCCCGGAUGUUAAAUGAGAAAAGAAAAGGUGACCACAUCCUCCUUAAUGCCUGCUGUCCUGGAUGGGUAAGAACAGACAUGGCAGGUCCUAACGCCACUAAAUCACCAGAUGAAGGGGCUGAGACCCCAGUUUAUUUGGCCCUUUUGCCUUCAGAUUCUGAUGGUCCUCAUGGCCAGUUUCUUAGUAACAAAACUGUUCGAACCUGGUGAGCUUAUGUAUGUGGACCUGUGCAAGCGGUAAUAUGAUUGGAUUAACCUGUACCCUGGUAGGGCAUUUAGUCAGAGCAAUGUCAUCCUGUCCGCAGCAGCAGCAGGGUCCUUUAUCAUUACAAUAAGGGUUACAGUUACGGUACUCCUCUAGGAUUAAGUCUACACUAGGGUACACUUCUUAACAGUCUCCACUAGCCUGCUCACAGCAUUGACUGUGUAGCCCAGAAUCUGAUUUGUGGGUGUUCUAACCCAGAUGACACAGGCUAAUUUGGUGAUGCCAUAAUGUAUAGGUGCCUGACCUUGUUUACCUGAAUUUACUCUUAAUUAAAUCAUUGCCAGCCCUUCUCCCACUCCCCUGAGACAGAUCUCUGACAUGGAGUUGGGAUGAGGAAGCAGGUGCCUUAUGCUUUCACAGAACAAUAGAUCUUUCAAGGGAUCAUAAUUGCAUCCUAAGGUUGUGCACCGUUUCUUAAAGUGGAAGGGUUCAGAGUUCCACAGUCUGACCAGUUGGGGGAGAGGCUAGUAAGACCAGAACCAGAUCACUGCUGCAUAGAGAUUCCUUGUUACUAGUACAAAAUGGAAUUAGAUGAAAAUAAAAAUAGCAGUGACAUACCAUCAAUAGAACUUUAUCAGUUGGCUUAUAUUCAUAUGUAUGUCAAUAAAUCAUUACUGAUUUGUAUUCAUCCAAUGGGUUUAUUCUGAUACAGAAAAAUAUAAUGUUUAAAAAUACACUUUCAUUUUCUACAUCUAAGUUUGUAACUGGAAUGUGUGAUGUUUCAACUAAUAUAAUGAGAAAAUAAACUACAAAACUGAUACAGCUAACUA